AUGUCACUUGUAAAUUACGAAGGCGAUUCAAGCGACGAAGAAGAAGAUAAUAAUACUCAGCCGACAAUAAACUUGAAACCAUCUGCAUCUCGUCGAAUUCACCUGCCAACUCCUUCACAAACUUCAUCGAAGAUAACCAUCGAAGAUGAUGACGAUGAAUUCGCAAUAGAAACAAAUACAAAAUCCUCGUCUAAUCUAUUGGCGAAUCUUCCUAAACCUCAAGAUAGCUCUUCUUCAAAUGUAAAUAUCAAUUCAACUGAAUUGAUUGAAGGUGAAUUAGAAGAUAUUGUUCGUGGAAAUAAUAAAGAAUAUGCUAAAAAUAUUCCUUCAUUACCAAAACCAACCAAACGAAGACGUGAUGGACCGGUUAAAAUUUUUAUUCCAACCAUUGAACAUGAUUCAGACGAAGAACAGAAGCCAAAACGAAAACAAAUAACUUCUACACGAAAUUGUGCACUAUUAAAUUCACUUCCUCCUCCAGUCUAUGAUGAAGAUAUGCCAACAACAAGUCUACCUACAGUUAAAAAUCCUUCAACAGCAACAACAAAAACUCCUCAAAUAAGCUCAACAGGUUUAUUUAUUCCCUAUACAAUUAAUAAAAAAAAACAACAACAACAAAAGAAAUCUUCAACAGCCAUCUCAACUUCAGCAAAUGGCAGCGAUAAUGAAAAAGAUGAUGAUGAUGAUGAUGAUGAUGAUGAUAAUCAAGCAGAUUUUCUUGGUUUAACGAAAUCUAACCAAAUUGAAGUAACAAAUACUGAUGUUGAAAGUGUUUUACGUGAAACAUUUCCGAAAGCUCGAUCAACUGUUAUAGAACAACCAUCAUUACCAAAUCCACCAGUUGAUUUCGACGAUCUUGAUACUAAUGAUGAUGGAAAUAAUCAACAAAUCAUGCAAGAUGAUGAUGAACUUUUACAAUUUCUACCAAAAAAUGAACGUUAUAAGGAAAUUAAACAUGUACAUAUUGAUGCAAUGCUUGGUGACAGUGCAAAAAUACAGUUACUUAAAAAUCGCACUGCCGAACGUGAAACUAUGUUGGCACAAGCAGCAAUUCAUGUACCGAAAGGAGAAACGAGAAAACGAGCACAAAUUACUUAUCUUAUUGCUAAAGCUCAACACGAUGACCUUCAAUUGAAAAAUAUGUGGAGCGAACAGAAAUUAACAAAACGACAAACUCAAGCUAAAUAUGGUUUUUGA